AAUGGCGUCCUAUAUAACCCCUUUCACGUACCCCAUUUCUAUUUACUGCGUGAUCUGGAAUCUUCUUCCCUCGGGAAGGUCAUAGGAAUCUCUCUGCCUCUCAGGUGAUUUCUCCAGAUCGCCUCCUCUCCCCACGUCUCCGAUCCGAUCGCAGAGGGACUGAUUCGGCUUGCUGCCCAGGCAAUGGAGAUUGAUGAAAUACUUUGUGAUGUUCGAGCUGUCAAUCUCCCGACGAAGAGUGCAAUAUAUCUUUGGGGUUACAACCAUAGUGGGCAGACUGCUAGGGAGGGUAAAGAAAGCCACCUGAGGAUUCCAAAGAGUCUUCCUUCCAAGCUCUUUGAUCGUGCUGGAGGAGAGAACCUCAGAUGGUUGGAUAUUGCUUGUGGCAGAGAACACACUGCAGCAGUGGCCUCGGAUGGAUCUCUAUUCACAUGGGGUGCUAAUGAUUUUGGCCAGUUGGGAGAUGGAACUGAGGAGAGAAGCAAGCAUCCCAAGAAGGUUACGUCAUUGAAGACAGAAUAUGUGAAAUCUGUGUCCUGUGGAGCACAUUGCACAGCUGCUGUUGCAGAACCUCGAGAGAAUGAUGGUACAAUAUCCACAAGCAGGCUUUGGAUCUGGGGACAAAAUCAAGGGUCAAACCUUCCUCGUUUAUUUUGGGGCGCCUUUCCUCCAAACACGGUCAUAUGCCAAAUUUCCUGUGGAGCAGUUCAUGUGGUCGCUCUCUCUGAGAAUGGCUUACUUCAAUCAUGGGGCUACAAUGACUAUGGCCAGCUUGGCAGGGGUGUUACCUCUGAAGGAUUACAGGGAGCUUGGGUAUUGAUGGCCUAUGCCAAGUUCCUAGAUGAACCACCUGAGCUUGUGAAAAUCGGGCAAGUCGCAUGCGGGGAGUACCACACGGCAGCAAUAUCAGAAGAUGGUGACGUGUACACUUGGGGUCUUGGAAGCAUGGGCCAGCUUGGCCAUUGCUCACUGCAGAGUGGUGACAAAGAACUGCUUCCAAGGCGAGUAGUCGCUCUCGAUGGUCUGUCAGUAAAGGAUGUUGCAUGCGGCGGAGUUCAUACUUGUGCUCUAACCACCAAGGGAGCUCUGUACACCUGGGGAGGCGGUCAGGCAGGGCAGCUUGGACUGGGUCCUCAGAAUGCUCACUUUUCAUGUGUUCCUGAUGCAUCCAAUAUGAUGCUUCGCAAUCUUCCCGUCCUCGUUCUCCCCGACAGUGUGCAGCUUGUUACCUGUGGUCAUUCGCACACACUGGUGUCCAUGAGAGAUGGAAGAAUAUAUGGAUGGGGCUAUAACAGUUACGGUCAGGCAGCGAAUCACAAGUCUUCAUACACCUGGUUUCCUUCUCCGGUCGACUGGUGUGUUGGGGAAGUCCAAAGGCUGGCAGCUGGCGGUGGGCAUUCUGCUGUUUUAACUGCUGCUCAUACCCUGAAAGAGCUGUGCGAGUUCAGGCUCGCUGAAAGCGUGAACCUAUCGAAUUGCUUUAUGAUUGCUGAUGCUGCAUCUCGAACAGGUGCUGAUUCGUUAGCGCAUCUGUGUGAAAGAUACUGGGAACAUUUGCUUGAGCAGGCCAAUUUGGAGAAUGAAGAGGAAGAAGACAACACGUAAUGUAACACUCAUUCUUUCUGCUGCUAAUUAAUUAAUAUUUUUAGUAAUGUAAAACAUAAAACCAUUUUUCCCUUUAAAAAUGGACCAUUUUGUAUUA